AUGUUCUCCUCGGCACUCAAGUCGAUAUCAUCGACCAACAUCACCGCGAACUACUCCAUCUCCUCGACUCAGACGUCGUCCGCCGGCCCAUGGAAGAUUUACGAUUGCAAGAAGAAGUCCACAGGGAAACCAUAUAGCGUAUUUGUCUUUGACAAGAAGGGACUCGACAACCAUGGCAGCAGCCUCGGCCGAUCGAGCGCGUCCGCUUUCAAGCGAGCCACGGAGGAGGUCAUCGAGCGCCUGAAGAAGGAGGCCUCCAGCUUGGCGAAGCUGCGACACCCCAGUGUUCUCGAGCUCGUUGAGCCAGUGGAAGAAACAAGAGGCGGUGGGCUACAAUUCGUCACAGAAGCUGUCACAGGCUCUCUGGCGGCUCUGCUGCAAGAGAAAGACGACCAGGAGCGGAGUGGUGGAGUCGGCGGCCGGUCGAGCCGUUAUGUCACCGAGGAUUCGGACGGUGUGCGCCGACGGCGCGAGUUGGAGAUUGACGAGCUCGAGAUCCAGAAGGGUCUCUUGCAGAUCAGCAAAGCGCUGGAGUUCUUGCACGAAAACGCUGGGCUGGUACACGGAAACUUGACACCAGAUGCCAUUGUUGUGAACGCCAAGUCUGACUGGAAAAUCAGUGGUCUCGCCUUCUGCGCGCCGUCCGAAGGGUCCAAUAAGCCGACCUCUUUUCAACCCAUCAGCCUGUCAGAAGUGCUCAACCCAGAUCCUCGGCUACCUCGAUUUGUGCAGCUGAACCUCGACUACACCUCUCCUGACUUUGUCAUUGACAACAACUUCACCAGCUUUGCCGACAUGUUCUCAUUAGGUCUCCUAGCGGUGGCCCUUUACAACUCACCACAUCAGUCACCCAUAGAAGCUCACGGCAGCUUAUCGACAUACAAGAGAACCUUCGCCUCAUCAUCGACAGUCCCGUCUGCUACCAACCAAUUCUUGUCAUCACGGCCUUUACCCAAAGAGCUGGUUCAACAUGUCUUACCGCGCCUGAUAACACGACGACCUGCUCAGCGUCUCACAGCAAAGGAAUUUCAAGAAAGUGAAUACUUCAACAAUGUGCUUGUUUCAACAAUCAGGUUCCUGGACGCUUUCCCAGCAAAGACUCCAAACGAGAAAGCUCAGUUCAUGAGAGGAUUAGUCAAGGUCAUGCCGUCGUUCCCCAAGACUGUCAUGGAGAAGAAGUUGUUACCAGCGUUGCUUGAAGAGAUGAAAGACAAGGAUCUAAUAGCGCUGAUUCUUCAAAAUGUCUUCACCAUCGUUGAUUUACUGCCUUCUGCAAGGAGAGUCUUUGCCGAAAAAGUCCGGCCAGCUCUGAAAGCAACAUUUGCCCCACCUCCGAAGAAGGACCAGGCUCCUGAGAGAGACCCAACCAAGGAUGCCGGGUUGAUGGUUGUGCUUGAACACAUGUCAACAAUCUGCAACAAUUGUAACGGCAAGGAGUUCACUGAUGACAUAUUGCCGGUCGUCUAUGCCGCAAUUGAAGCACCAACACCGGCCGUUGUUGACGCGGCUCUGAGAGGUCUACCAUCUAUUCUGCCAGUUCUCGAUUUUAGCACCAUCAAGAAUGAGCUAUUCCCAGUCAUUGCGGCCGUGUUCAGCAAAACGAGUAGUUUGGCCAUCAAAGUGCGCGGUUGUCAAGCAUUCGUCGUCCUGUGUGGCGGAACAUCAGACGCAGAAGACGAUGGCCUCGAUGCUUUCGGCACUUCAAAGAAGAAAUCAACUUCCUCCUCCAGCAUGCUGGAUAAAUACACGAUGCAGGAGAAGAUUAUCCCGUUGAUCAAGGCCAUCAAAACAAAAGAGCCCGCGGUCAUGAUGGCAGCUCACGGCGUCCUCCGGGUUGUGGGUGAAGCAGCGGAUGCCGAGUUUGUGGCGAUUGAUAUUCUGCCCAUCCUGUGGCAUAUGAGUCUCGGGCCUUUACUCAACCUCAAGCAGUUCCAGAACUUCAUGGACCUCAUCAAGAAGUUAUCCAAAAGGGUGGAAGACGAACAGACUAAAAAGUUGCAAGAGCUCUCUGGUACCAACGGCAGCACAGCCGGGACUAAUGAAGAUUUCAUGGCUUUCGGCGGCGUCAGCGGGACCUCUUUCGACGUAUCCAAUGGGGGCACAGAAGACGAUUUCGAGAGUCUGGUCAAAGGCAAAACAACACGAUCUUCAACUUCAGAUGCAUUCUCUAGCUGGGAAGAAACCCCCACGGCGGCGGCCAGAGUCACCUCGCCCGCGCCCGGGAGUAGGUCAGCAACUCCGGCCUUUGCUUGGUCAACUCCGAGUCCUACCCAGACAGCACCACCUCCGGCGCCUAAACCUCAACCUAGUUUCCGGACGGUGACGCCGGACAUGGGUUCUUUCCAAGCUAUGACUCCAACAUCGACUCAGUUCUCUAAACCGCUACAGCCAACUACGCAAAUGUCGCAGCCAGCGGCACAGCCCAGUUCAUCGAUCAACUGGUCAACAGCGUCGGCGGCAACGUCCAACCCGUGGUCGUCGUUGUCGUCGUCAAUACCGACGCCGGCCUUCUCGGCCGGUAACUCCAUGUCGCCACCUCCCAGCUCCGCUUUUGGGGGAAUGAGCACGCCCAUGUCCAACAUGUCGCUUGGUGGGCAGAGACCAGGCAUGUCGCAGUCAUCUUCGUUUUCCUUGCCGCCGCCACCAGCCGGCACUUCGACGGGCUUUUCCGGAUCUUCCGGGUUUAGCCUACCACCGCCUCCCAGUCACACGCCGCCUGUGCAAUCAGGCUUGAGCGCUUUCAGCAAACCUGCAGCUAGCACCGGCAUGGGCAUGAUGAGUCAACAACCGAUGAAUGGUCUGAACAGCAUGGGCUCGCGGCCUGGUAUGGGUAUGAGCAUGGGGUCUAGUGGCAGCAUGAACAGUAUGAUGAAUAGCAACAUGGGCAUGAACGGUAUGGCUGGCCUUCAGCAACAGCAGCAGCAACAGCAGCAGCAGAAGCCACCGCAAAAGAGCGGGUUGGAUAAGUACGAGAGUCUGAUUUAG